AUGGAGGUGGUUGGCUUAGUGUCUGGUGGCAAGGAUUCGUGCUACAAUCUGAUGUGUGCAGUCAAAGCCGGCCAUCGGAUAGUGGCCCUGGCGACGUUACAUCCACCGGAAGGGGUCGACGAGUUGGAUUCUUUUAUGUACCAAAGCAUCGCCACCAGAUGUGUUGCGUUGUAUAGCGAUGCGAUGGGGAUACCACUCUACACGAAGGAGAUCAAGGGUCGCCCAAUUAACGUCGAAUAUGGCUAUACAAAAACGGAUGGGGAUGAGGUGGAAGAGCUGUACGAACUACUGAAAGAAGUCAAACAACACCACUCUUCAAUCAAGGGCAUCUCGGUCGGCGCCAUACUCUCCGAAUAUCAAAAAAGGAGAGUGGAAAAUGUGGCCGAAAGACUUCAAUUAACACCCCUAGCCUUUUUAUGGGGACGCGAUCAGCAUGAGCUUCUCAGUGAGAUGGUUGAGAAUCAAGUCGAGGCCAUCCUGGUGAAAGUGGCCGCCGCGGGACUGCAUCCACGCCACCUUGGCCAAACAAUAAGACAGAUGCUGCCCGAGCUGAAAAAACUCCAUGAUCGUUUCGGGGUGCACGUCUGCGGCGAGGGUGGUGAAUACGAGACGUUUGUCGUGGAUUGUCCGCUCUUCAAGAAACGGAUAGACAUUGGGACCAAAGAGAUUGUCAUCUCUGAAGACGACCCACUUGCCCCGGUCGCAUUCCUACGACUGCAGCACCUGAGCUUGGCGGAUAAA